AACUUCUGUCUGCACCAUCAGAACCUCGGAGCUGUUGGCCGCACAUCGACGAGGUGAUCCAGACCUGCUGCUGCCACAUGGCAAGGUGUUUAUUAGGUGGAUAUAACGGCCAGGAGGCACAGAUAAACUCUUCAGACCCCCAGCUGGCCAUGUGAUGAGUUCAAGGACCAUGCCUGGUGGUACAGCAGCCACUGGAGAGCUAUGUUUCGAGCACGCUCCCUCCACACCGGGAAGGAUGGUGUCCCAAUCCACAGACCGGCAAGAUUGUCCUAUGGACCCCUGGGAAGGGAUCAGCGGUGCCUGUGAGGAUGCUGAUGGUUCACCCCAGCUCCUGGACACUGACCACCCUCUUUGCCAGCUAGACGUGAGGCUCCUGCGACAUAAAGCCUGCUGGAUCAACCCCCUGUGUGUGGAGCAGCCGCUACAAGACUUAUUCCCCCAGAGACCAACAGUGCAGAGCAGUGGGAAACACUUGGUGGUGGACACUCCCUCUCCUGUGGGCCUUCCACUGUUGUCCCACCCGGACUCCCUAGCUGAGACACCCCUGUCUGAGAAUACUGCCAAUGGCCUUGGGGGAAAGAAUGGUGACUAUUCCCUGGCUACGGAAGAGCAAGAGGUUCAUCCUCAGCGCAGAUCUCUGCUCAAAAACCUCAAGACUGUGGCCACUUCCCCACGCCCUAAGGAAAACAGUGCCCGUUUUGAGUCUCCUCCUUUGACAGCUUCUGCAGAUGACGGUGCUGCUCGGAGCAGCAGAAGAAACCAUUCUUGGAAUUUCUUCCCGCUAGAGACAUUUGUGCUGCCCAUUGAUGUGGAAAAGGAAAAUGUCCACUUCUAUGCGGCAGAUAUGAUUAUCUCAGCAUUGGAGACUAUGAAAUGCAACCUCAUGAGUCAACAGCUGCCAGAGAUCUGGGGCACAGAGGAGGCCAGCGGGUCUCAUGGGGACGAUCAGACCGAGGCUGAAGUGGCCUUUUACACCUCUGCAAGGCCGGAGCCAGGGUCCUCCACUUCCUCAGAUAGUGGCUAUGAAGGUUGUGCUGUGCUCCAGGUCAGCCCACUGGCUGAGACACUUUCUGCCUCUCCUGUGGUGAGAGAGGCCUGCAGACAUGACUCGGAUGAGUUCGUCAUGUUAGAACUUGGGGAAUGUAAUGACGUCACAGAAUGCGGCAGACGCCCCUGCAACUCUUUAAAAAGUGCAACUUGUGAGUCAGACUUCAGUCCCGCUGGGCUGUUAGCCAGAGAGUUGUUCCGAGGGUUCUGGAAGUGCCAGGUGCUGUCGGAAGUCAAUUCUCAACUGCCAGGUUCCCUGAAAGCGGCCAGCUCAGGAGUGGAGAUUGAAGAGCAUGCUGGUGAAGACUUGGACUCUGGUGUGGACACAACACAGGAACUCAUGCCUAAGUCUAGGGUCCCAGGGGCUGAAGACUGGGUCCCCCCUCGAUUUCAAAUCAUACUUACCGUUCACACGCCAGUCAAGAGGGACAUAGCGGUGGUGGCCCAGAAUUUCUUCUGUGCCGGAUGCGGGACUCCGAUACAGCCCAAGUUUGUGAAGCGGCUCCGGUACUGUGAAUAUCUGGGCAAGUACUUCUGUGACAGCUGCCACUCAUUGGCAGAGUCCUGGAUCCCUGCCAGGAUCCUGACGAUGUGGGACUUCAGGAAGUACCCAGUCAGCAACUUCUCGAAAAGGCUACUAGACAGCAUAUGGCACCAGCCUGUCUUCAACCUGCAAGGCGGGCACCACAGCCUCUAUGCAAAAGCCAAGGAACUGGAUAGGGUGAAGGACAUCCGGGAGCAACUGUUUCAUAUCAAGAAGCUGUUGAGGACUUGCAGGUUUGCUGACAGUGUGCUGAAAGAGUUUGAGCAGGUUCCCAGCCAUCUGACUGGUGAAUGCCAUCUGUUCUCCAUGGAGGACCUCCUCAGGACCAAGAGAGGACUGCUGGCACCCUUGCUUAAGGACAUCCUGAAGUCUUCUCUUGCCCACGUGGCCAGCUGUGAGCUGUGCCAGGGAAAGGGCUUCAUCUGUGAGUUUUGUCAGAGUACGACCGUCAUCUUCCCGUUCCAGACCAUGACUUGCGUAAGAUGCCCAGGGUGCAGGGCUUGCUUUCACAAACAGUGUUUCCAGUCUUCGAGAUGCCCCCGCUGUGCCAGGAUCACAGCUCGGAGACAGCAUCUGGAGAGCUUGCCCUCUACGGGGACAUGACGGCCCUGAAGCAUUUGUUCAAAGCGAUUUAUGACCAUACCAAAUUGUGUCUGCUCCUGGUAACAUUGUUUCAGAUACUAAGUACUUUAUAGUAAGGGAAAGAUGAAAAUAAUUCCCCUCUUGUAUAUAUUUAAUGCUUUCAAGAACUAUGGAAGUUUUGUUACUAGGCAUAAGGUUGUUGCUAAAGUUUUGUUUACAAAUGUUUGACUUUUUAUUUUUUAUUUUUUGCUGCUACUGGCUGUUUGUAAAAAAAUUCUUUUUGUAUUUAAGUUGUAGAGGGAUAGCUGUUUUAAGCUAAAAACAGAACCUAUUUUUUUAUGAACUGUAACUGACAAGGUGAAAUACUUAGUUCUGCUUCCUUCAAAGUUGCUUGUGAAAUGGAUUGGCCCCAUAAGGGAACACAGGACAACAAGAAUUCUGUUUGGCCAAGCUUUUGUUUCUUCAAGAAAAAGACUUCUAUUGGAUGUUACCUCAUGAGUGUGUCAGUCUUCUGUUUUAUUUAUCCCACGAUGUGCAAGGAAUACAAGGCAACUCUGCUCUUAGGUUCCCUUUUAGAGGACUGUUUCAGCCACCCACCUGGGUCCUGGUGAGAUGUUAUUUGGAGCAGGUGCCUAUAGGUGGCGCUGUUUCAAGAGCAUACAUUCAGCCCCUUAAGCCGGCUCUGUCCCAUGCUAGCCUUGACGUCUGUGCUAAACCAAGGGAGCCAGAGGGGAGAACUCCAUUCCACCUCUUCAUGGUGAAACUUCAUGGGUAUAAAAAGAACAGAACACAGAGAAUCUGAAAGCGGAGCACGAAGGCCUGUGCUUGUAAUCCCAGCAUUUAGGAAGA